CCCAGGGGGCCUUUGGUAAAAGUGAGGACUGGACUCGGGCUCCGGGGCACAAUUCUGCUCAGUCACCUCGUGACCAGCCCUGCUGCAGUGAACAGUGCCAAUGGGGACACAGCAGGAGCUGAGCCAGAGGAGAGCAUGGAGAUGCUGCUGUCUACCCCACACAGCAUUGAGAUCAAUAACAUCACCUGUGACUCCUUUCGCAUCUCCUGGGCCAUGGAGGGCAGUGACCUAGAGAGGGUCACUCAUUACUUCAUUGACCUCAACAAGAAGGAGAAUAAGAACUCCAACAAAUUCAAGCAUAGGGAUGUCCCCACAAAACUGGUGGCAAAAGCAGUGCCCCUGCCCAUGACGGUGAGGGGUCACUGGUUCCUGAGCCCCCGCACAGAAUACAGUGUGGCCGUGCAGACUGCAGUGAAGCAAAGUGACGGAGAAUAUCUGGUCUCUGGAUGGAGUGAGACCGUUGAGUUCUGCACAGGAGAUUAUGCCAAAGAGCAUUUGGCACAGCUGCAAGAGAAGGCAGAACAGAUCGCCGGGCGUAUGCUCCGAUUCUCUGUCUUCUACCGGAACCAGCACAAGGAGUACUUCCAGCAUGCCAGGACUCACUGUGGGAACAUGCUUCAGCCUUACCUGAAGGACAACAGCGGCAGCCACGGCUCUCCUACCAGUGGUAUGCUCCACGGUGUCUUCUUCAGCUGUAACACUGAGUUCAACACCGGCCAGCCCCCUCAGGACUCCCCCUAUGGCCGAUGGCGCUUCCAGAUCCCAGCCCAGCGCCUCUUUAACCCCAGCACCAAUCUCUACUUUGCAGACUUUUAUUGUAUGUACACAGCCUACCACUAUGCCAUCCUGGUACUGGCCCCCAAAGGCUCCCAGGGUGACCGCUUCUGCCGGGACCGCCUUCCCCUUCUGGACAUUGCCUGCAACAAGUUCCUGACCUGCAGUGUGGAAGACGGAGAGCUGGUCUUCCGCCAUGCCCAGGAUCUCAUCCUGGAGCUCAUCUACACGGAACCAGUCGACCUGUCGCUUGGCACUCUGGGUGAAAUCAGUGGGCACCAGCUGAUGAGCCUUUCGACUGCCGAUGCCAAGAAAGACCCCAGCUGCAAGACCUGCAAUAUCAGUGUGGGGCGCUAG